AUGCCUAUUGAAGUUGCUCGUUUUGCUUCCCCUGAGGAAGCCGUGGAGGCAGCAGCGCUCCAAUCGCGAGAGACGCUUGCGGAGGAACGUCAGGAUAUGGAAGCAGGACAAGAAGGACAGAUCAUGGUGUGCCUUGCUUCCUCAUCGCUCACGGAGGUGGAAAUCGUCUCUUCAUCAUCCAUGCAAGUAGCACAUUGUCGCCACGAUUCCCUUCUCGCCACCACAGCAACAAAUUCAACCACCAAUCCGGAGGGAGGGAAUUCUACCAGCGACUUGCUCAAAGAAGCUUCAAACCGUCCCACGGGAAAGACGACGGGUGCUUUUGGAACGAGUGUGAUUAUAUGCAAGGCGUUCAUGGGGAGUGUCUUUAUUUUUCUCCCAUACGCGGUGAUGAAGGGAGGCUUAGUUCUCUCUUUGCUGACUCUGGCGGGAGUUCUUUUGCUCAGUUUGUACUGCAUGCACCUCCUCAUCCAGUGUUGUGAACAGGGGGUGCGCGACACGUACGAAGUCAUCGCAGAAUAUGCACUGGGAAAGUGGGGAAGGACGUUGGUUGAAGCUUGUGUGUUUCUAUCGCAGGUCUCCUUUUGUAGCGUCUACGCGGUUGUAGCGUCCCGCAAUCUCUUGGAUGUCAUUCAAGUUGCCUCCGGAUGUUCGUCCAGGAUGGAGUUUCCUGUCACGUAUAUGAUCUGGGCUCUGUCUGUGUACUUCCUCCCCCUUAGUUUUGUACGGAAUAUGUCCUACCUCGUUCCGCUCAUGCUCGCGGGUAAUCUUGGAACUCUUGUCGGCAUGCUUAUCCUUAUAGUCGCGGUGCUUGUACACAUGGGCCAAAACCCAACUGUGCACACCUUCGACUUCUUCAACUUCGACGGAUGGUCUGUGGUGCUCGGAACGGGUAUCUACCUGUGGCUUGGCGCCGGUUUGAUUCUUCCCAUACGCAACACUGCGAAACCCUCGGUCCAGCGAAAAUUCUCAGCGUUGCUCACGCUUAGCCUGGCAGGGCUCCUCGCGCUGUACGUCGUGUACACAACGAUUUGCAUCCUCGCAUUCGGCAAGGAUCUGAAAGAGAUCAUCCUUUCCAACCUGCCUGCCGGUCCUCUGGGCGCCACCAUCCAGGCGAUUUUCGUUGUUGUUGUUCUUUCGACGUACCCGUUGAUGCUUUUUCCUGCCACUGGUAUAGUGGAGGAAAGGUUGUCACCAUACGUCAAGAACACAUCGGUAAUAAUGCGGGAACACGUCAGCGCGAGUAUUCGCGUACUACUCGUUACUGCCACGCUGGCCAUGGCAACGGUCGGAAAGAACCACCUGGGCGGUUUCGUGUCCCUGGUGGGAGCCGUGUGCGGGGUGCCUCUGGCGUUCGUUUUUCCCGCGCUCGUGCAUUUGAAGCUGAAGGCGCCGAGGCAGUUUCGACGGAGACUCCCGCACUAUCUGAUCAUCGUUUUAGGUUUCGCUGCGCAACUCUUCUCCGUGUACUACACGAUAUCCAGGUGGCGGCCUACAGCCGACUAUGUGGGCUUGUGCCAAACUGCAACCCCGCAAGAAGACCCUGACCUUCUGCGAGACAUGUAG